ACCCGUCCCACACACACGCGCGCGCGCGGGGACAGAAGCCGGCUUCUCGUGGCAGUGGCACGCAUCCCAACUCUCCGAACCCAAACCCAGCCGCCGCCUGCAGCGCUGCGAACCGAUGCCCGCGAUUCCCGCCGCCGCUGCCCCCAGCCCCGACGCCGUGGUCGCCCGCCACCACCUUCUCCACCCCGCCCCCAUCUCUUUCUCCAGCAGCACCCGCCUACGCCUGCCCGCUCGACCCCGCGCCGCUCCCUCCAUGUCUGCUGAGGCGCGGCCUGCCCCGUCCGCCGUGGCGCCGCCGGCGCACCCCACAUACGACCUCAGCGCCGUCAUCGCCCUCGCCCUCUCCGAGGACGCCGGCGACCGAGGGGAUGUGUCAUGUUUGGCCACCAUACCAACUGAUGUGAAAGCUGAGGCCACCUUUAUUGCGAAGGAGGAUGGUGUCAUCGCAGGCAUAAACCUGGCUGAGAUGAUAUUUAACCAAGUUGAUCCAUUACUGAAGGUUGAAUGGCUUGAAGGUGAUGGAAAUUAUGUUUGUAAAGGAUUGCAGUUUGGCAAAGUAUAUGGGUGUGCUAGGAGUAUUAUUGUUGCUGAGAGGGUUGUGCUUAAUUUCAUGCAAAGGAUGAGUGGAAUCGCUACAAUGACGAAGGCCAUGGCUGAUGCUGCUCGUCCAGCAUGUAUAUUGGAAACAAGGAAAACUGCUCCAGGUUUACGUCUGGUUGACAAGUGGGCAGUACUAAUUGGUGGCGGGAAGAAUCACAGGCUUGGUUUAUUUGAUAUGGUUAUGAUAAAGGAUAAUCAUAUUUCUGUUGCUGGGGGCAUUACGAAUGCAAUGGUGUCUGUUGAUCAGUUCUUGGAGAGCGAAAAGCUUGCAGUUCCUGUUGAGGUUGAGACAAGGACACUUGAGGAGGUUAAAGAUUUAUUGAAGUACACCGAUGAGAACAAGACUUCAUUAACUCGUAUAAUGUUGGAUAAUAUGGUUGUCCCUCUUCCUAAUGGGGAUAUAGAUGUAUCAAUGCUGAAAGAUGCAGUUCAGUUGAUAAACGGUAGAUUUGAGACCGAGGCAUCUGGAAAUGUGACCAUUGACACGGUGAAGAAAAUUGGAGAAACGGGAGUUACUUAUAUUUCAAGUGGAGCUUUAACACAUUCUGUGAAGGCACUUGACAUAUCUCUUAAGAUAGAUACUGAACUCGCUCUUCAGGUAGGAAGGCGCACAAAUCGUGCCUGACUUUACAACACCAGGAUGUUUUUUCUGGCAUGGCUCACCGAUUUAUCAACCUGAGAAACAUAUGCUGGUGGUUAUGUGUGUUCUAACUGCUGUACCGAAGGAUACAUCGCAUUUAUCCAUUUUGGACCAACUCCACAAUAAUACAAUAUACAAGGGAACAAUAAUAGCCUGGACGAGCAGCUUGCGCCAUCUUAGUGGACAUGAAAGCUGGAUGAUCCAAGGAAGCAAAGCUGUAGCUUACAAAAGUUAAGAAUCAUGAAAAGGACUGACAGCCAGCCUUGGCAGGUGGAAACCUUUUUUUUAACGGAGUCUGGUGGAAACUGUAAAUGGUUCCCCUUAUUAACACCCUCUGACAAAAAUAUAGCAGCAAUAAAAUGAGGGUCAACUUUGUACUUUCUCACCUAUUGUGGUGUGGUGGUCACUCGCAAAAAAAAAAAGUGGUGUUCAUGAUCUUUUUAGUAGUUCCGGUUCUACAAUUUGUGCUGAUUCUUUGUAUCGAUGCCUACUUUGAUUCCACAGUCCUGAAGUUUUUCUAAAUUGGCUGUGUAAGACGAGAUUGUGUUGCGUAAACCUACAACAUUACAAAGUUUGUUCUCUUUUA